AUGCUGGUGCAUGCCAUCCUAUUCUCCCACCAUGUUGAAGGCACGUCCUUUCAUAACGCCGAGAUGUUUUCGAUCAUCCGGGUAAGAGCUUAUGGUCAUCAAAUCCGACCCUUCCCAAGCUAAUGCGCCCCACCCCACUGCAGGACAACGCCGAACUAUUCUCGGCCGGCGACUAUUCCAUCAGAAGCGCCACGACAAACAGAUACCUCACUUUUCGGCGAAAAGAUCGCGUUGGCCUCGUAUUGCAAGACGACUACGCGACCGUUCGAAUGGAACAAGAUGCGCAAUACGGCAAAUCGGGUGAUACGGAGGGGCUUUGGUUCGGCACCGUGAUUUCGGGAUGUGGUAUGUGUGGUUCGAGUCAGUAUGGAUAUCCAGGCGGUCAGGGGAAGAUCAUUGCUAUGGCGGCGUAUAGUUGUCGAGCUGGGGAACCGGGCCAGGCGGGUGGAGAAAAGCCACCGAUACCGAUCGCCAAGCGUGAGUUAGGGGUCAGCCGAGGGGGCGAAGCACCGUUUUACACAAUGAUCUUGAUCAUGGCCGCUGAUUUUCUGGAGUCUUUUACAGAGUUGUUCCACUUGGUCAAAUGUUCCAAGAGCUGGACAGCCGAUGGCAUCAUCGGCAACCCCAUCGAGCUGGAGGGGCAAGGGACGCAAGAGACUCCGACCCGUCGUCGCUCCCUGUACGAGGGGCCUACAGAGCCCGUGGCCCGGCAUCGAGACGGGACUACUACGAGGCAACGGCACCGGCGUACUUUUGGCAGCAGCACUAGCGCGAAUGGUACACGAGAUGUUGUCAUCGGAAAGAAACGAUUGGAACGGCGAGAGCUUAAAUCCGGUUGCUACUGUAUGUGAGUCAAAGAACAACUUGCCAGAGGACCAGGGCCUGCAACGGGAACUGACGCCUUCGGCCAUACUCAUCAUGGUUACGACCUACUUAGUAUCGGCGAGGACCAUCUUUUGGAUCAGUCAGUUGAGCUCGCACCUGCAAGGAAAUUUGAGACGCCUCCAUUGACGAUGCUCUCUGGGGCAACUCACAGGACAACUCGAGCAGUCGUUGACAAGCAGUUAAAGACAUACGACACGUUCGUUGACGUGGCGAUGGCGGAUCUCAACUGUGUGAGUGGCAUACCCUUGGGAGCGUUUGGUCAAUUUGGCCAGAGUCACGAGGCUGACAAUCUGGCAUUCGCCCCAGUCUGAUCAUGGCCAGCAAUGGAUAGUCGAACAAGCGUCAGAGGGGAGUCCAAGCUCAAACGCGCAGUGUGCUAAAGAGUCCCCUUGA